AUGACUGAACCUAACGCUGGUAGCUCCCACCGUCCCGGGAAGUUCAAAGAUAUUUCCGAUCUUGCAGAUCCAACACCCAAAGACCAACCCACGCUUGCGACCAGAUCCAAUCAUCCGCGACCUGAACCAAAACCACUAGUCUACCAUCCCAUCUCGGAAAGAAAAUUGUCUGUACGCCACAUUAUCCACGUCCAUGAUAACAAUCAUACUUCGAGGAUACACGAUCGCAUCAUGCUGGUGAUCCGUCACAACUCGGGCACUUCAUUCACUUGUCUGACGCUCUGCACACAUGGCGAUGAUGUUGUAGACGAAGAUCAUUCUUUCGAUCAUGCGAAACUCACUACCGAAGCAACUCAUCAGGCAUCAGUGGAGCAACCGGAUGGAUAUUUCAGGCUUUGUAUUUCUCUUGCUUGGGGUGGAGUAGAGAGAACACCCAAACCAAGUGCAUAUAUCAAUAUGCAAGAGUUGUGGCAGAUUGAGUAUGUUGAAGGUGUCAAAUUCGCCAUCCUGGGCCAGGCAUCAUAUAAGCAUUGGCCGACUGCGCGCGAGAGAAUCAUUGACAUCUUCCGAAAGACCAUGCUCAUGACUCCCGAGGAACGGAGUCCUUCAAUCAGCAGCGACCGCCCAAUUGAAAUUGGUUCCGUCUCCAGCGAUAGUGGUAGUAAAGCAACGGGGAAGCGUCGAUCAUCCACUGCUGUUGAUCGAACCAGGGAUAGUAAGAGGUUAACUGAUAAAGAUGCUCGAAUGCAUGAACGUGAGGACGGACUCAGUAAGGUAACCACCAUCACGAAGGGCCUCUUUGGCACCGAGAAGAAAGUCACGACGUACGAGCGGUCGAGCGAUCGGAAAAGCAAGAGGCCCUGA